AUGCCCCAGCCAGCAGGGGCCCCGCCCACCGAGGUCGCCCAGGCCGCGCGGCCUGCCGUUUGCUGGCAGCCCCGGUUGCUAUGGGAACCAGGAGCGGAUGCAAACGGCGGCUGGAGGCUCCUGGCUGCGCCCCAGGCCGGCAGCCCGUGGAAGAGGAUGGAGGAGGGCGUCGACGGGGCAGGCACCCCCGAGAGGGCAGAGCCCUCAGGCCCAGGGGCUGAGGCACCCAGGGAGGAGGGGCAGGGCGCGGACCUUCGGCUCAAGGGAACAGGCUCACCCAGCCAGGGGGCCAGCAAAGAAGUCCAGGGUCCUGCAGAAGAGACGCAAGGCGAAGAGGUUGCAGCGCAGGCCGCUCAGCAAGAGAGCCCCUCAGGGGGAACCGGCAGACCUCUGGGCCCACCGGAACCUUCUGCAGAGGCCACUGCGAAAGACGUGCCUGCCACUGAAACUGCAGCCAAAACGUCCUUAGAGGAGGGGAAAGGGCCCCGGAUCCCAGCACAAGAGGAUCAAGCAUCACAAGAGAAGCUAGGUGCAACUCCAGAGAAGGGCCACAAGCCUGGUGUCCAGGAUGACAAAGAACAGGGAGCCCAAACCGGACUGGAAAAAGGACAAGAGAGAAGCCAACCGGCGGAAGCAGGCGUGUCGGCUCAGGCGGAGGAAGCCGGUCGUCCCCAAAGUAGGGAGAAAGUGGCCAGCCAGGAGGGCGCUGGAAGAAGCCCCAGGGACCUUGUUCCUUUGCAAGCAGCAAGCGGCACCAGCAAGGAGAGCGGAGGUAGUCUUGCCCCAAAGGCAGGCAGGGCGGAGGGGAGCCAAGAGGCGGGCCUCGCCCUGGGGCAGCAAGAGCUGCUUAGCGAUGACAAAGGAGCAGGUCAAGAAACGGGUGCGAGCACGGCCCGAGAAGAGGCUGGGCCGCCCGAAAUGCCUCCCUCUCUGGAGGAAGCGUCUGUAGUGUCAUCGGCUCUGCCAGGCAUGGCGUUGGAAGAGAACGACAGGCCCCUCUCGGCCCACCCGCUGGGUUUGUCGUGGGUCUUUGGCUACAACAGCAAGCUCCCGGUCUUCAACCUCCUCGAUGAAGACUUCCGCGUGAUCUUGUACGUCUCGGCUCACACGGCUGUCAUCCACGAUGUCCUCAGGAACAGGCAGUACCUGCUUCAGGGGCACACGAGUUGCAUCUCCUGCAUCUGCCUCAGUGAAGACCGGCGGUGGGUCGCAACGGCCGACCGGGGCCCCGAGAGCUUGCUGAUCGUUUGGGACAGCUACUCGGCGGUCCCCGUGCACACGAUCUUCGACAGCCACCCAGAGGGAGGAGUCGCCACUAUCGCCAUAUCCCACGAUUCCAAGUUCCUGGCCACUAUUGGGGCCGGGGAAGUGCAGAAAGUUUGCGUUUGGCGGUGGACGUUGCCCGAGACGAGCCCCCUCUGCAGCGUAGAGAUCCCACCGCAGUUUGGUUUCCAGGAUUACCUCGCGUUCAGUUCGAGAGACCAUAAGGAACUAAUCAGCAAUAGCGGGACUCAGGUCAUCUUCUACUUGUGGGACAGCAAUAUUUUGAACUACCACGCUCCUCUCCUCACAGAGAAAACGUUCAACAAGGCCGUGGGAAUCUUCAGCCAGUCCCUUUUCCACUUCAGCACCGAACAAGCGAUCACUGGAACCCUGGACGGGAAGAUCGUGGUCUGGGACGCCGUGUGCCCUCCCCCCUCCAAGGCGAGCGCCGCCUGCCUGAAGCCGUACAACAUGAAGGCCAUCAAGGUGAUGUCCCUGCAGAAGGAGGGCAUCACGGUGCUGGCCAUCACGGACCGGUGUUUUGUGACCUGCGAUGACCGAGGCCACGUGAAGUUCUACAACGGAGACCUGCAGCUUCUGCACUGGUACAGCCAGUUCCGGGUGGGGCCCAUUCGGUCCAUCUCCUUCUCCAGGCAGCCGGCGUGCCCCGCGGACGUCUCCCAGUACCCCACCUCUUGCACCCUGUCCGGCCACCCCUUCGUUGCCAGGAAUUUCCUACUGGCCACGUCCGAUGCACUGGUGAUUCACGUCAAGCCAGAGGGGAUGAAAAUCAGCAAGUGCCUGGAGGAGCCCAGAGAGGCCGUCCACGCCCUCGCCUGCCACCCCAGCAAGCCCCUCAUGGCCAAGGGCAGCUCCUGCGGGCUCCUGAAAGUGUGGAGCUACACGCUCAAUAAGUACCUCGUCAGCCGGAUCUUUAAGGGCGGAAGCGUUCGCAGCCUCUGCUAUAAUCACGACGGUUCGUUGUUGGCAGCCGGUUUCCGCGACGGGAGCGUUUACAUCCUUGAUUCUAUUUCUCUGGAAGACGAAUGUCCGGAAUCUUUCCAGUACUCAAGAGGUCCCGUCACCCACAUGAGCUUCUCCCACGACUCCCAGUACCUGGCCACUGCCGAUGAAAACCUUGCCGUGAACCUUUACAAAAAAGUCCUGGCAGGCGAGCAGCAUGUCUGGGAGCGCCUGGCAGGGCUCCACGCCCACUACAAGCCCAUCCGCUCCAUCCUCUUUGGGGUGCACCUGGACAGCGACGAACCCAGGCUCUUAAGCCUCGGAGAAGACCGGCUCUUGGUGGAGUACGACCUGGAGCACAGCGCCAAAGGUGAGCUGGCCAUCAUCCGAAGGGACCGCGUUGAGCAGAGUGCCGUCCCCAAGUGCAUCGCCUGGUACCCGCCUCUGACGACAGAAUAUUUUUUCCUCACCGCCAACGACCACUACAAAAUGAAGCUUUAUAACGUGACCACAAAGUUGUGCAGAAAGACGGUUCUGGGACCGACGUACGGCUCCCCUCUGGAGCAGAUCCUGGUCCUCCCCGUAGCGGAGGGUGAUGAGCCCCAGAGACGGUACCUGGCCUACAUCACAAAAGACAAGGUCGGCCUGCAGAUCCUGCCCAUUGAUGGGAACCCGCACAGGUCCUCGGCUUUCGUUUGCCACCCGGCGGGCGUCUCCCGCCUCGCCCACUCCUACGACGGGCGCCACCUCUUCACGGCGGGGGGCGGCGACUUCACUGUGAUGAAAUGGGACAUCAAUGUAGAUGCUCUGGAGGCCUCUGUCUUUCUGGGUGGUGAAGAGCUGACCCCGUUCUACAACCUUCUGGAAGGUGGCCGAGCGGGCGAGUUUUUCAGGGAGCUGGAAGACUAUUUUUACUAUGCUCAGCUGUGCCAUCAAGGGAUCGACACCAUGGAGCCCAGAAAGGUGUCAACCCACAUCCCCCUGGAACAAGCCCCUUUCGUCAUGCGGGCGAUGGGAUUUUACCCCUCUGAAGAACAGAUCGAAAACAUGCUAAAUGAAGUCAAAUUCAGUGAAUAUCUGGAGACUGGGAAGCAAGUGACCCACAUCAAUUUAGGUGACUUCAUCAAACUCUACGUAAAUCAUCGCCCUGCCUUUGGGCUGGCGGCGAAAGAGAUACGAAACGCCUUCCAGGUGUUGGGCUAUGAGAACCAGGACGGCGAGCCGGCCAUUCGCAGGGGGGACCUGCUGUUGCUGCUUCAACAUAGAGGAGAGCAUUUCACAGAAGACGAGCUGGCAGAAUACCUCACCACUCUGCUAGGCCUGAACCCUGAGGGGGGACAACCGGAGGCUGGCGCCUACGAUCCCGCAGGUGCCGAUGCCUUUAUUGAAAAAGAAAUUCCAGAGGAAAUUACGGCAACACUGUUCACGGCAGACAUUCUCGACUUGCCUAUUCCUGAACCACCACUGACAGAGGCAGAAACCACCAAUGAACCCAUGAGCAGCGUUCAGUCACCAAAGUCUUAA